AUGAGGUUUAAUAAUUCACCAGAAAUUCUCAAAGAUUUAAGCUUACUUACUCCAGAACGUAUGUUAUCCAUCAAAACCAAAAUACAAUUGCCUGAUAAUACCUUUGAACAGUUAUCAAGUUGGAUAAACAUUGAUGUAAAUAAUUUACAAAAUGAAUACUUAACAUUCAGUAACAGCCUAAAUGAUCUCUCUAAUGACAUUAAUCCAAGCCAACCAAAUAAACAUGUAAACAAAAAAAAUGAAGGAACUGUUGAUCAACAACCUGAUACUAAUUCAGAAAUUAGCGAUGAUUCUGAAAUUGAAGAAACAAGUACAAUAAAUAUGUCUAGUUUAGACAUUUUGAGUUUUUUAUCAAGCCACAACUUAAUUGCAGCUUUUCCAAAUCUGUACUUGGCAUAUAAGGCGUUGUGUAUCAUCCCUGCAUCAUCUGCAUCUGCUGAACGGAGCUUUUCUAAAGUAAAACUAGUUAAAUCUAGACUUCGGUCAAAUAUUGGGCAGAAUCGGCUGGAAAGUCUACUGAUAUUAAGCUCUGAAAAAGAUAUUGAAAUCAAUCGUGAUGAAGCAAUUAAUAUAUUUGCUAGGUCCUCAGAUCUUUUAAUGAAAAGUUUAUUGUUUAAAUAA